CCUUUGUCCGGCCGCGGACGCCUCGCCCCCUCCCUCGCCCGCCCGCCCGGCCGCCCCCUCCGACCGCCGCGGCACUGGCCAUGUAUCCGCAGGGGCGGCACCCGGCUCCCCACCAGCCUGGCCAGCCAGGUUUCAAAUUCACUGUGGCAGAGUCCUGUGACAGGAUUAAGGACGAAUUCCAGUUCCUGCAAGCGCAGUACCACAGCCUUAAAGUGGAAUACGAUAAGCUUGCGAAUGAAAAGACGGAAAUGCAGCGCCACUACGUUAUGUACUAUGAAAUGUCUUACGGCUUGAACAUUGAAAUGCACAAGCAGACGGAGAUCGCGAAAAGGCUGAACACGAUUCUGGCCCAGAUCAUGCCUUUUUUGUCUCAAGAGCACCAGCAGCAAGUGGCUCAGGCGGUCGAGCGGGCCAAGCAAGUCACGAUGACGGAGCUGAACGCCAUCAUUGGGCAGCAGCAGCUCCAGGCUCAGCACCUCUCACAUGCCUCCCACGGCCCCCCGGUCCAGCUGCCCCCGCACCCGUCUGGGCUGCCACCACCGGGGAUCCCGCCUGUCACAGGGAGCAGCUCCGGCCUCCUGGCGCUGGGGGCCCUGGGCAGCCAGGGCCCCCUCAUGGUGAAGGACGAGAAGAACCACCACGACUCGGACCACCGAGACCGAGACUCCAGCGCAAAUAAUCCCAUCUCCCCGUCGGAGAGCUUGAGAGCCCCCGAGAAGCACAGAAGCUCCUCAGAGUACAGCAUCGACCCCAAGAAGCGGAAGGCCGAGGAGAAGGACAGCCUGGGCCGAUACGACAGUGACGGUGACAAGAGCGAUGACCUAGUGGUGGACGUCUCCAACGAGGACCCUGCCACUCCCCGAGCGAGCCCCGCUCACUCGCCUCCAGAGAACGGGCUGGACAAAGGCCGGGGCCUGAGGAAGGAUGCUCCGAACAGCCCUGCCUCGGUCGCAUCCUCCAGCAGCACUCCCUCCUCCAAGACGAAAGACCCGGUCCACAACGAUAAAUCCUCUACCCCGGGUCUAAAAUCCAACACACCCACGCCGCGGAAUGACGCGCCCACGCCCGGGACCAGCACGACCCCCGGCCUCCGGCCCGUGCCCAGCAAGCCGUCGGGAAUGGACCCUCUGGCCUCGGCCCUGCGGACCCCGAUCUCGAUCGCCAGCUCGUAUGCCACCCCUUUCACCAUGAUGGGGCCCCACGAGAUGAACGGCUCCCUCGCCAGUCCCGGGGCCUAUGCCAGCCUGCACAACAUCCCUCCCCAGAUGGCCGCCGCCGCCGCUGCCGCCUACGGCCGGUCUCCCAUGGUGAGCUUUGGAGCUGUGGGGUUCGACCCCCAUCCGCCCAUGAGGGCCCCCGUGCUGCCCACCAGCCUGGCGUCCAUUCCUGGCAGCAAGCCGGCGUACUCCUUCCACGUCGGUGCCGAAGGGCAGAUGCAGCCGGUCCCGUUCCCACACGACGCCCUCGCCGGCCCGGGCAUCCCCCGGCACGCGCGCCAGAUCAACACGCUGAGCCACGGCGAGGUGGUCUGCGCCGUGACCAUCAGCAACCCGACCCGGCACGUCUACACGGGCGGCAAGGGGUGCGUGAAGAUCUGGGACAUCAGCCAGCCGGGCACCAAAAGUCCCAUCUCACAGCUGGAUUGCUUGAACAGGGACAACUACAUCCGCUCGUGCAAGCUGCUCCCGGACGGCCGCACCCUGAUCGUGGGCGGGGAGGCCAGCACCCUCACCAUCUGGGACCUGGCCUCGCCCACGCCCCGGAUCAAGGCCGAGCUGACCUCCUCCGCGCCCGCCUGCUACGCCCUGGCCAUCAGCCCCGACGCCAAGGUCUGCUUCUCCUGCUGCAGCGACGGCAACAUCGCCGUCUGGGACCUGCACAACCAGACGCUGGUCAGGCAGUUCCAGGGCCACACGGAUGGGGCCAGCUGCAUCGACAUAUCCCACGACGGCACCAAGCUCUGGACCGGCGGCCUGGACAACACGGUGCGCUCCUGGGACCUGCGGGAAGGCAGGCAGCUGCAGCAGCACGACUUCACCUCCCAGAUCUUCUCGCUGGGCUACUGCCCCACGGGCGAGUGGCUGGCCGUGGGCAUGGAGAGCAGCAACGUGGAGGUGCUGCACCACAGCAAGGCCGACAAGUACCAGCUGCACCUGCACGAGAGCUGCGUCCUCUCGCUCAAGUUCGCCUACUGCGGGAAGUGGUUCGUCAGCACCGGGAAGGACAAUCUGCUCAACGCCUGGAGGACCCCGUACGGAGCAAGCAUCUUCCAGUCGAAAGAAUCCUCCUCUGUCUUAAGCUGUGACAUUUCGGCAGACGACAAGUACAUUGUGACGGGCUCUGGGGACAAGAAGGCCACCGUCUACGAGGUGAUGUAUUGACCGGGGAUGCGUCUGCGACUGUUUCACGGGGCUGAGCCAGCAAGGCGGCCCUGAGACCCCAGCGGGCGGACCUCCCACGGAGAGCGGCCGGCACUUCCAUCACGCCCUCUCUGGAGAUGUGUGACCUGGGUGGAUCUUCCUCCGUGACCCCGGAAUAGCCCUGCUGGACUGGGACCCCUGACUUGGGUCCAGCUGUAAGGGAUCUUCUGAGCCUCUGCUGAGAUGGGGCUGGGUUUUCACUUCUCGGUUCUCACACCUGGCGGCAUCACCAUUUUCUUUUUACCAAGAUGUGUGACUCUUGCUUCUCUGUAAGACUUGUGGGAAUUGUAAAUAUUCGAUGCGUUCUGUGGGGAGCGUUUUCUGGCACACGGUGCCCGCGGUGUAUCUUCCUUCGUAUUCCCCGGGGUUUGGGGUUUGUUCCAGCAGUGGCCCUUCCUCCGCCCUUCCGCACGUUCCUUUGGAGAUACUCUGCAAGACCUGCCAGAUGGGGCAGAGCUGCCCCCCAUGGAGCCGUUUCCCUGUUGUACAUGUGAAUCGUCUGAUGUGUUUCCUCUGAGACUUGCGCACCGCAGGGACUGGAUUUCGGGGGCCACGGAUGCUGCAGCGCUGGCGACGACAUCGGUAGAACAUGCGUGUUCUCCUAUUAGGUUCUUUUCAGCACUUGUGCAUCAGCAGCAAGCGCGGGGCCUGCCUCCGGAUGGGCCUCGGAUCGUGCCCCAGACGCAGAGGAAGGACUGUCAAGAAAGCAACGUUUUAAACAAUACGCUCAGGGAGCCAAGCAAAAGAUACUAGAAACUUGUGUGGGGUUUUUUUAAUUCCAAUGAAAGUAAAGUAAUAGAGAAGAUAACCUAUAAAUACAGGUUUUUUCUAAGGUUUACUAACAACCUCGUUUCUGUACGGUGAGGGCUGGGGGCAGAGCACGGGGGGUUUCGUGUCGCUUUGGCGGUCCUCCCCCUUUCGGCCUGCUGGCGCAAGCAAAAGGGGUGGGGGCAGGGAGGGAGUCCCGUCUUCUGGCUUUUUUGUACUAAAGGAGUAAAUAAAAUUUAAACUCGGGAAAUCUACGUAUUUGUGUAGCAGAAGAUCUUGCCCUGUAAUGUAGCAUAUGGAAGAGAAUUUUUAUACCACAUUUUUUAUGGAUUAUUUUUUAAUUUUUGAUUUUGAUCUGGUAAAAAAGUAACUAUGGCUUAAAGGUGAGAAACCAACCUGUUUUUAUUAAAAGCCAAGUCAGUGCAUAAAGGA